CCCACACCGCCCCCAUUUUCCAAUUUCAGAUUUUUUCUGGGCAUUUCAGAUUUCAUCGUUCUGUUUGGGGGCUUUCGAAAACUUUUGCAGUCCCUCCAUUUUGUUGAGUUAAGUGUUUGAAGAGUUUGAUUAGGGGGAGAAGAGGGAGAGCGGCCCAAAGUUCAACUCAAUUUCGAGAUUAAACGGAAACUCAGAUUACUUGCUUUCUCACAAUGGAUGGAAACAGGAAUUACAAAGCUAUUCUGAUUUUGGUGGACAGUAGCAGUACAGUGGUGAUGGGGGGCAGGCAGUACUGUUGAUUAUCGAACAUUUGUGAGAGGCGAACUACUUCGAGGAUAUGGAGUGCAAUAAGGAAGAAGCCCUCAGGGCAAAGCUGAUUGCUGAAGGGAAGUUGGAGAAAAAAGAUUAUGCGGGUGCGAAAAAGUUUGCUCUGAAGGCACAAUCGCUAUACCCGGGGUUGGAUGGUGUCUCCCAGAUGUUGACGACACUCAAUGUGUAUGUUUCUGCCGAGAAUAAGAUAGGUGGGGAAGUUGACUGGUAUGGAAUGCUCGGUGUAAAGCCAACUGAUGAUGACGAAAUGAUCAGAAAGCAGUACCGGAAGUUGGCCCUCAUGUUGCAUCCUGAUAAAAAUAAAUCAGUCGGAGCUGAUGGUGCAUUUAAGCUCAUUUCAGAAGCCUGGUGUUUGUUAUCAGACAAGUCGAAGCGGUUAGCUUAUAAUCAGAGGAGAGGGUCGAGGGAUUUCCAGCAGAAAGUCACGACGCAUCAUGGCGGCCCUUCAGCAGCACCGGCCAGGGAGAAUGGAAACUUCAGCUUUUCUACGAGGGUGACAACGUCUGUUCCAAAGGCUCAAAAGAAUAGUGUGAAGCCACCACAUACAACAACUCCUCCACCUAGUCAAAGAACCGAUACCUUUUGGACAAUCUGUCACCAAUGCAAGAUGCAUUAUGAGUAUCUCAAGAUGUAUCUUAACCAGACUCUCCUUUGUCCCAAUUGCCAUCAAGCCUUUAUGGCUUCCGAGACGGCUCCCCCUUACAAUGUUAGUAAACCACAGAACCAAGCUCCUCGUCAGCGGAAGCAUUCUUCAAGUGACCGCAACUCUGGACAGAAUUCUUAUGAUCCGGGAAGAGAUGCUCCGGAUACAAAGAGAUCGCCUUCAGUUCAAUCUGGUUCGAAUUCUUCUAGGUAUACAUACUACCAUCAGGAUCCACUUACAAGAAAUACUAAUGUUGGCAGCACAGAUCCUUCUAUUGCCGCAAAAGCUGCAAACGUUGUUCAGCAGGCUCAGGAUAAAUUGAAGAGGGCGUAUACUGAACCUGAUGGCACUGCAGGGUGGGAGGAGCCGGCUAAAAAGAGGAACAUAGAAGAUAAUCGUAAUCAUUAUGGAAUGAACUAUAAUACCACCCAAGGGAAUGGUAGCUAUGGAAAUGCUAGUGGUAGUGCACUGGGAUCAAAGGGGUAUGGUUUUGUUGGUACUGUUUUCCAUUGGCCAGGUGGAAGAGAGUUGGCACCCUACGAACUCCGUAAGCUUUUGAUUGAAACGGGGCGAAAGGAACUACAAACGAAGUCCAGUUUGUGGAUCACAGAGCCCGCUGUUAAAGGUUUGAACAAAGAAAAGGGUAGUGGCAAACAGAACCAGCAAGAAAUACAUCAAAGUGCUAAUGGUAAAGGAACUGAUCAAAAUGGUAAUGGGAGUUCGACUACCAAGAUAUCAAAUCAAUCAGAGGAGAGUCAGGCAAACCUUUCUGAAGAUAAUACUAAUGAUGAAAGUCUGGCAGCAGCAUCAAUUAGUGUUCCAGAUCCUGAUUUCUACGAUUUUGAUCAGGACAGAUCUGAAAGUUCUUUCUCUGAAAAUGAGGUUUGGGCUGGUUAUGACGAUGAUGACGGCAUGCCACGAUUCUAUGCCCUGAUUAACAAGGUGAUUUCUAGGAAGCCGUUUAAAUUGAGGGUCAGCUGGCUCAACUCAAAAACUAACGUUGAGUUCAGCAGCAGUACAGAUUGGGUAGGUUCGGGUUUCUACAAAACUUGCGGCGAAUUCAGGGUGGGCAGAUAUGAAACCUGCAAAUCCAUCAAUUCUUUCUCCCAGAAGGUUAGUUGGUCGAAAGGCCCACGAGGGAGCGUUCUAAUAUACCCCCAAAAGGGCGACAUUUGGGCCCUCUACCAAAACUGGUCGCCCAAAUGGAACCAAGACACCCCCGAUGAAGUUAUACACAAGUAUGAAAUGUGGAUGGUGCUCGAUGACUAUACUGACGAACAUGGCAUCUCUGUUGCUCCUCUUGACAAGGUGGUUGGUUUCAAGACCGUUUUUCGCCCAAAUAUGGACCCCAACCGAAUCAAGACAAUACCUAAGGAAGAAAUGUUUUGUUUCUCCCACCGUGUCCCACACCACUUGUUCACGGGCGAAGAAGCGCCAGAUGUUCCAAAAGGAUGCCUCGAGCUGGACCCUGCUGCUACACCAUUGGAACUUCUUCAGGUGACGACGACAGAAGAUGAAACAGAUGGGAUGGCUGCUGGUGGCGGCGAUGCAGCUGAGGCUGCGAAUAUUUCAGACAACAAUCGGUCAUGAAGUUGAUUCGGGACAGCAACAAGACAUCCAUCUCAAACAUUGGAGACUCGGUAGGUUAAGAGAACUCAUUGAAAAAUUCGAGUAGUUUGAAAAGUAGUCGAGAUAAUACUCCUUAUUGGUUUUUGCAAUUGCCCUUGAUAUUAUUAUGAUCAUGAUACUCUGAUCCUUUUGGUGCUAUAGACUUAUAUAGUUUUUAUGCUUUGGCAACA